AUGGAAAAUCGAGACUCACUGAAUAAGUCUUCGAUAUCUGCAGCACAGAGAAGAAUGAUUGUCAUGCAUGAAAAAACACCGGAGUCAUCAGCAUAUACUGAGACAUUAUUAUCAUACGUCCAAUAUCCUGUUGAUGCAGACGAUAUUUUCAAGCGGUUGCUGGAGUCUCAUCCAAUAUUGAAAACUAUUAUAGAAAACACCGAGAAUGGCGAAUACCGCACGAAAUUCUACGAAUUUGAACCAAGAAUCAACAAAGAAAUUAUAGGAACAGGGGAAGACGUUAAAGAGUUUAUUAAAGAGACAACGCCAGUUAUACCUGUUCUAUCGUCACCGUUAUACAGAUUCCGUCACGUUACAGCUGGUCACCGUCAUCACAUUAUACUUCAUGUGCAUCACAUAAUAUGUGACGAUGUGACGCUGAUGUCUCUGAAUAGAACACUACAUAACCUUUUGAAUGGAGCUGAAUUUAAAACCACGAAAGACCAAAAUCAACUAUUAGUGCAAACUGAAGCCGAAUAUAUCAAGUCAAACAAAUUUGAGGUGGAUGAAGUAUAUUGGAGAGACAUAUAUUCCACGCUUCCUCUAACCAGCGAAAUGAUAAGUAAUAUAAGUAGCAGUUGGAAUGACACAACAACCUACCGAGCAAACCAAAAAAUGACUAUACUGCUAAGAGAAUCCCAGGCCAUGGUCCAGACAAUAUGUCACAGUCUACAGAUAACAGCAUUUCAGUAUCAUCUCUCACUAACAGCAAUGGUUCUUCAGCAGUAUUUGGGUACCAGUGACAUUUGCCUUCAAGUACCAAUUUCCAACCGAUCUUUCCAAUUCCAACAUACCGUUGGGUUAUUUGUUAACACAGUUGUUCCACGAAUCAAAACCAAUUAUCUAAUGACCUUGAAAGAAAAUAUAAAAAAUAUAUCAGAAGUUUUCCUGAAAGUGAUGGAGCACAGCAACUACCCAAUGAAUUGUCUGGCCAGUUCUAUAUUGAAGACACAUAGACAGUCUCUAAGUACAUUAUGUAUCGCUAUGUUUAAUUUUGCGACAACAUCCUCUCAUGCUCAAAUAAGAAUUCCAAGUAAACAUGCAAAGAUGCCAAUAAGCAUUGAUAUCAUACAAGAUAAAGUAUCAGGAGAAACAGAAUUAAUAAUGGAAUGGGCAGAAGAUCUUGUGCCAAGUGGUAUGGCAGAACGACUGUUUGAAAGUCUAUUUGAAGUCCUUUCAAGCACUGACUUAACUAUCGACAGAAGACUUCAAGAAACAUCAUUUUUAUCAAAGGCAGAAGUAAAACUUUUACAGGCAUUAAGUAAACAUCAAGAAAUAUUACACGUUAAGAAUGUCCCGUGCCAAUCAACAUUGGAAGCUCACACCAAAGAACACGGCGAUAAGGUAGCUGUUGUAUGUGAUGAUGGUAAAUUGACAUACGACCAACUCAAUCGCAUGGCCAAUGUAGUUGCACACCACAUAUUGUCCAUUGUGGAACCUUCCAUACUCAAGAAACAACCUGUUGUUCUGGUAAUGGAGAAGGAUGAAAAAGCCAUUGCUGCAAUCCUUGGUAUUUGGAAAGCUGGUGGAUUUUUCUUACCCGUUUCCUUGUCAAAUACUGCAGCCAUGAACGACAUCUUUGAAAGAAGCAGCCCAGCUUUAGUUCUGACUUCUGUGACAGAAGACUUCAUACUAGGAGAUAGUUUUCCAGUUAUCAACGUCAACGAAAUAGCCCAUGACACGUCAAAUUAUAUUUCGGUUACGGCGUCCAUAGAUGAUUUAGCAUAUGUCAUCCGAACUUCUGGUUCUACUGGAACUCCAAAACAAUGCAAAAUCCGACACAGAAGUCUUCAAGUAAUGGCUUCCUCCUGGAAAAAGGCUUACAAAAUGACGGAAUGUGAAGUAACGAUUCUGCAGUGGGCACCGCUAUCAUUUGAUGUCUUUGUUGGUGAUGUGGUGCGGGCACUGAUUUCUGUUGCUGGAACUUUAGUGGUAUGUCCUGAUGAGAAGAGACUUGACGUGGGCUACAUUCUGAAUACUAUACAGAGUCAUCAAGUUUCUAUCAUGGAAGUCACUCCACAGUUUGGACAACAGCUGGUAGAGAAUGCAGAAGAUGGAAAUUUAAAUAGCCUGAAGACGCUAAUACUGGGAUCAGAUACUGUUCAAACACAUCUUUACAAGAAAAUCAAGAGCCAUCUGAGAGCAGAUCAAAGAUUACUAAACAGCUAUGGUAUGACAGAAGCCACUAUAGAUUCUUCUUUCUUUGAGGGUAGCCCUCCAGAUACUGCAAGUGGAACUGUGCCAAUCGGAAAACCACUACCAGGGGUUAUCUAUCAUAUUGUCAACAAAGAUACAUUACAACUCUGUCCUGUUGGAACAGUUGGUGAACUGUACAUUGGAGGUGAUGUAUUGGCCGAGGGAGAUGUCGACUUGGUUCGUCUACCUUUAACUGAUUCUAUGAGUUUAAAAACUGGAGAUGUCGCUCGAUGGUUACCUUCUGGAGAUGUUGAACUUUUGGGACGUCUGGACAACAUGCUGAAAUUGAGAGGAUUCCGAAUAAGUACAACAGAAAUUGAAAACAAGAUUGCAUCCAUUGAUUCAAAGAUCAAAUCUGUUUGUGUACUCCCACUUUCUAAUGAUGCUGAAGUUGAACUGUUGUGCACCUUUAUUACUGUAUAUGAUGAAGAUGAUGGAUUUAUAAACAAAGUCGGCGUUAGUCAAAAGUUAAAGGGAACUCUACCUUACUACAUGAUUCCAGACAUCGUCCAUGUUAUUGAUAAAAUUCCACUCACUACAAAUGGUAAAGUCGACCGAAGAGCUCUACCGAAAAUAGAGGAUCUAUUGAAAGAAGGCAAAUCCAAAUCAAAUGAUGCCCAACCUGAUGUUUCGUCCACAGUAUCAAUACUUUCUGCUUUAUUUGCCAAAGCAAUGGGAUUAGAUGCUGGUGCCAUUGAUAACGAACUGACGUUUAUGGAACAAGGGGGCCAUUCAUUGAUCCUUCUACGUUUCGCUUCAUCAAUCAAGAUGUCUACAGAAUACGACAUUGGGAUAUGUAAUAUAUUUUCAUACCCGAGCAUAGCAGCUCUGGCAAACUACAUUGAUAAAAAGUCUGAAUUAGAAGCUACAACAACAUAG